AUGUCGUCCCAGGAUGCUCCCAAGCCAGACUCCAUCAGGUCGGAGGAAAGGCAAAUCGAGGAUAGCAAGAAGAAGACCAAGAGCAAAAGACCGGCCAACACGGCCUUCCGACAACAGCGGUUGAAAGCAUGGCAACCGAUCCUGACGCCCAAAACCGUUCUCCCGCUCUUCUUCAUAGUCGGCAUCAUAUUCGCUCCCAUCGGCGGGCUUUUGUUAUGGGCGAGCAGUCUGGUGGAAGAAAUAUCGAUCGAUUACUCCCCAUGCGUCUUCGAUGCGCCUGAUGCCCCCGCAUGGGCGGAUGUCCCCUCCGACAAGGUCUCCAAAUAUUUCAAACCGUCCGAUUACGGUGCGGGAACCCCGCCACAAUGGCAGAAAUCCACCGUGGAGAUCAAGUACGAUGGGGUUGGUCUAUCUACCCCCGUUUGCUCCCUUCAAUUCGACAUCACGAACGAGAUUGGGCCUCCAGUUCUCUUCUAUUACCGAUUGACCAACUUCUACCAAAAUCACCGACGAUAUGUCAAGUCAUUUGACGUAUCCCAAUUGAAAGGAGAUGCGGUACCCCAAGGCUCCCUUGCCUCGGACUGCGACCCCUUGCGAGUGAACCCGAACGGCACCGCCUACUAUCCAUGCGGCUUGAUUGCCAACUCCUUCUUCAACGAUACGUUCACCACGCCCGUCCUGACCAAUGCCGCCAAAUCUUCCGACCCGCGCGAGGCAUACAAUAUGACGGCCAAGGGCAUCGCCUGGGCGAGCGAAGCGGAUCUGUACGGGAAGUCGGCCUACAAAAACGACGAAGUCGUCCCUCCUCCCAACUGGCACGAUCGAUUCCCCAAUGAUUACACCGAUUCCAACCCGAUGCCGGACUUCCACCAAGACGAGGCGUUCCAGGUCUGGAUGCGGACGGCCGGUCUUCCCAACUUCAGCAAGCUCGCGAUGAGGAACGACCAGGCGCCCAUGAAGGCUGGCAGGUAUCAGGUGGAGAUCAACGACUACUUCCCGGUUACAACAUAUGGCGGCACCAAGUCCAUCAUGAUAUCGACCCGGACCGUCAUGGGGGGGAAAAAUCCAUUCUUGGGCAUCGCCUAUGUGGUGGUGGGCGGGCUAUGCAUCCUCCUCGGUGCCUUGUUCACGGCGACGCAUUUGAUCAAACCCAGAAAACUUGGAGAUCAUACGUACCUCACAUGGAACAGCGACCAGCAGGACACGGCGACGGCGACCGGCCGGGCUCCACGAACGAAUGAAGCGGCAUGA